CGCCUCGGCGGGGCAGUGCGGAGCGCCGGGGAUGCGGAGCGGCCGGGCCCCGGGCAGAUGAUGGCGAUACGCGAGCUGAAAGUCUGUCUGCUUGGAGAUACUGGGGUUGGGAAAUCGAGCAUCGUUUGUCGGUUUGUCCAGGACCACUUUGAUCAUAAUAUUAGUCCUACUAUUGGAGCAUCCUUCAUGACUAAAACUGUGCCAUGUGGGAAUGAGCUUCAUAAAUUUCUGAUCUGGGACACAGCUGGUCAGGAACGGUUUCAUUCCUUGGCUCCAAUGUACUACCGAGGUUCAGCAGCAGCUGUGAUAGUGUAUGAUAUCACCAAACAGGAUUCAUUUCAUACUUUGAAAAAAUGGGUGAAAGAACUAAAAGAACAUGGUCCUGAAAACAUUGUAAUGGCCAUCGCUGGAAAUAAAUGUGAUCUGUCUGAUAUCAGGGAGGUUCCUAUGAAGGAUGCCAAAGAAUAUGCAGAAUCUAUAGGUGCAAUUGUUGUUGAAACCAGUGCAAAGAAUGCUGUUAACAUUGAAGAACUUUUUCAAGGAAUAAGUCAGCAAAUUCCACCCUUAGAUCCUCAUGAAAACAGUAACAAUGGAGCAAUCAAACUUGGAAGGCAGACUUCACAGACGGGUAGGCGGUGCUGCUGACCCAACUUGAUCUUUUUAGAUUUACUUGAAAAACAGCAUCAUUUGCUUUUUUUUUUCACUGAGAAAGGACUUCGUGAUCUCAGUGACGUGGCUCCUUAUCUUGAAAGCAGUAAUUUCAAUACUUCCCAUGAGCAAUAACGCAAGGACCAGAAGCAGAAGGCUUUACUUCAAAGGGAUUUUGCAAAACCCAGUUGGAAAAUCCUCUCUAAUAUCCUGUCAAAAUUACAAUGUCAAAG